AAUCUGCUCUGCAAACUUGAAGGCUGGAAUAAACUUAGCCUCACCUUGACCGGACUUUGCGUUCCUCCCACUCUCGUAAAGGAAGUGCAGCAGUUUCAAUGCCCUGUUCGACAGACGGACACUCGCCUUCUACAGAUUGCUAAUAGAACCUAUAUUCCGUGGUGCUUGAGUCCUGUCUUUGAUGGUGAUCGACAAUGGACUGGACCUGAGACCUUUGAAGUUGAGGCGCAGUCCACUCGAGCCUAUGAGGUCACCUACCACCCCUUGACGAUGUCGUUGGACGGAAAAAAGCAUCAGGUGAACAGCGUUUCCUUGGCUAACUCAUGA